AUGGAUGCCGUUAACAGCAGCAAGCUCAGCCGCUCCAAAUCACAGCUGAACGUUAUGUCCAGAUGGAACAUAAUGCCGCACAAACUGCAUUUCAUUUUUACCUUCCUUCUUUUAUUUGUAAGUCUGUGUUUUUCCGACGAUGACCAUGAAAUGGAGGAGUUCCUGAAGCGGGAGUUUUCCCUCUCCAAGCCUUACCAAGGUGUGGGAUCUUUAGGCUCCUCCCACUGGGAGCUGAUGGGGGAUGCCAUGGUAACCACCGACCAGGUGCGACUCACACCGGACAUGCAGAGCAGACAAGGGGCAGUAUGGAGCCGCAUUCCAUGCCACUUAAAGGACUGGGAGAUGCAGGUGCACUUUAAGGUUCAUGGGCAAGGAAAGAAGAACCUCAACGGUGAUGGUCUAGCCAUUUGGUAUACCAAGGAGCGAAUGCAGAAAGGUCCUGUAUUUGGAAAUAUGGACAACUUCACUGGCUUGGGUGUGUUUGUGGACACCUAUCCCAACGAGGAGAAGUACAUAGAGGCGCAGAAGAAGAGAUACACCCCCCGCACACAGAGGAUCUUCCCGUUCGUUAUUGCCAUGGUGGGGAACGGCACCAUUAGUUACGACCACGAGCGGGACGGUCGCCCCACCGAACUCGGUGGCUGCAAUGCCAUGGUGCGCAACCAAAAGCACGACACGUUCCUCUUCAUUCGAUAUAUCCGCCGCAGGCUCACGGUGAUGAUAGACAUUGAUGGUCAGCAUGAGUGGAGGGACUGUCUGGACAUACCUGGAGUGAGGCUGCCUCUGGGAUAUUACUUUGGAGCUUCAGCAAUUACCGGCGAUCUCUCGGAUAACCACGACAUCAUUUCCCUCAAACUUUACCAAUUGACGGUGUUGCGGAGUAAAAAGGAAGAAGAGGAGGAGGAGCAGGAUAUAAUAACUAUCCCCAGCGUGGACAACAUGGAGCUCCUCAGACUGGGUCAGAAUGAAGAAGGGAUGAACGGAUUAGCCAUUUUCUUCACUGUGCUCUUCUCCAUGCUGGGAUGCAUCUUCCUCAUCGUCAUCGGCAUGGUGGUCUACAGCCACUGGAACGAGAGCCGACGUAAGCGCUUCUACUGAGGAACGCCACAGCGGGCUCAGGGAUUAUUACGACUACUGUGGGCCACAGACCCAGCUGAGAUCAGAUGAGAAGUAAGACGCUGUCAUUGAGCGGCGGAGCAGCGGAGGUUUUUACCCGGUUUGACAGGAGAAGGAGGACAGGCUUUCCCUGCAACUGAAGCCAUUUUUCCAGUAAUGGUUCUGAACCAGCUGGAGGGAUUUACAUUUUUCACCUUUGAUAAUUCUUCCAAGUAGCUAUGUUCACUACACUUACUCAUAAGUUCCUUAAAUGUAAUAAUUUUGUCCAGAUGAAUGCCUAAAUGCCUAAAUCAAUUUCUCAAUCAUGUUAAAAGUGUGAAUUUUAAAAUAAAGGUCAGUCUUCCCUGGGCUGCACGAUACCCUGCAAAUUUAUUGUUAUCCCAACCUCCUGGUAUGCAGCUUGCAUAUUGCAGAGAACAGUCUGUAGGUAGUAAUUAAUGGUAGGUAGUAAUCGAUAUACCAAACAUUAAACCUCUUUACAUUUUGUAAUACAAGUUGUUUUAUUCAGCAUGAAAAGUUUUAAAAAAUGGUAAAGUCGGAAGCAGCUUUUUCAAUUAAACCUUGUUUUUGAGAUGGAAAUAAUGGAAAAAAAGUUUUCCAGAAGCUGGAAGGAUUUGCUCAUUAUACGAUUGCUAUUAUAAGCUCAUUAAUGUAUAUCUUAUUUAUAUCAUUAUUGCGACAUUCACUAUGACCGAAUUUUACAUUUUCCUUAUAUCAUGCAGCCUUCUUCUUUCCCCAAGCCGGACGUAAAUAAAUGAGUCAUUUUAAAAUUUGGUCACUAAGCGACAAUAAGAUGCCAUUUUUAGUACUACAUUUGAUCAUGAGCUUGAGAAAAAAUUUUCUACUUGAAUUAUUUAUUCAGUUUAUUUCUUAUUUAAUUUACUCCAAAGCUUCUUAUUGCUCUUUAUAAAAAAAGCAAAAAAUGUUUAAGAGAAAUACUAUGUAUGAUAUUUGAUCAGAUCCGUCCACUUAUACUUUACAUCAGUGUAGUUGUUUUGAACUUGUUUAAUUCAUCUAAUUUAAUAUCAUUUAAACUGAAUCUAGUUCAGGUUCUUCCAGCUGUUUUGAGGCACAAGAAGUUGAAUUGAUGUUGAAAGUUUGGUUCGGUAAAAAAUAACAUGAGAACUUUUAGGUUACUAUAUUUUCAGUUUAAGAAAAAUGAGGUGAGCUUGUAUGUUGUCGGUGUAUUUUGUGUGGAACACAUGAUACUUAAAUUCGCUCUUUUUAUGUGAAGCAGCAAAUAGUUGGAAUGUAAUAUCAACCCUGCUGCCCAAUAUUUCUGAGAGGUUUGUAAUUCUUUCAUUGAAAAAAAACCCCAAAUAAAACAAAACCUGUUUCUAAAAGAUAAAUGAAAGCAGACUGAAAUGGUUUGCAAACUAGUGUAACUGUUGUUUUUUUGUUUUUUAAUCCUCUGGAUAAAUUUAGUAGUGCCUUCCCUGAAUUUUGGAAGGUAACAUUGUGCAUAAAUUUAAAAUUUUAAAUAACACGUUUUUUUUUUUUUUAUGUGAAGCAUAUUGAUAUUAGCUUAAGGGAUUCUUUACCCAAUUUCAGAAUUUUCCACUUGUUUAUUGAUGAAGCUCAGGAUUCAAGUCAGGAUUUUUAACAAAGUUUCCUCCCUUCUUACCUUGUACUCUCUCCAUAGUAACUUGUGCUAAAAGCUGUUCCCUGGACACCUUUGGUUUCCUUUCACGAUCCAGUACAUGUAAAGCGCCUCAUCUUAGCUAAUAUAUGCCCUGAGAAAACAGAGUAGCGAAAAAAGAUAUUGUGUUGACGGAGCGGCAGCAUUUUCUCUCUCCUUUCACAUGAUUAACUUAUGAUCCACAGAAAUGGAUUUUUUCAGAAUGGAUUUUUAUGUACCUGAAACAGGCUGAUUAGGUUAAAGUUUUCAGUCUCAGAAAAUUAAACUUAGAUUUAAUAAUGUGACAGUUUUCUUCCUUUGUCUUGAUUGUGAUUGGCUCUUUUUCUACCGUCUGUCCUACAAGAACAUGCACCUGCCCAAAGUCAUUGACACGGCUUUAAAUGAACUGCCAUCAUAAUACAACUUCAGCAUUCAUUGGACAGAUUAGUAAUAAUAAAAAAAACAAACAUGUUGAAGCUCCUUUCUAUUAGAACUCCUGACUUUAAUCCAACGAUGUUUGAGUAAAUAUCUUGAUGCAGAAUUUUAACCUGUUUGCAAUAUUUUAAUGGAAUCCAUUACUGCUUAAAUUCAUCAUCCUCCAGAUUUAUAAACUUUUCAUGAAAUGGUGCAUGAGGCCAACCCACAUGCAUUAACAUUUCGAGAAUUUUAACUUAAAAACAUGCUGUAGUGUCAAAUCUAAGGUUUGCAUACAUUUUUCUUAAAAUGCAAAAACUUUGUCCAUUUAAAAUAAAGCUGAAGUUCUUGUUUUAUUUUGAAUGGUGAUAUCAAGAUUUUGUUAAAUGAUUAUAGAUCACCUCUCAGUGCUUCUUAGAGUCAGAAAAUGUCAGUUUUUCAUCUUUUAUGUUGUCUACUGCUGUGUGCGUUUGAGUGCCAGUGUACAUGCAAAACUGUACAUUUUAAAAUGUUUAUAUGUGUUGAAGGCAAAUCAUUUAUUGUUGGAUGUGAUGAAAGAUAUGAAGAUACUUUAUCUUUGCUGGCUUCCACCACUAGAGUAUGAACAUGACUAGACUGGGUUUUUAGGCAUUUAUGAGAUCAUGUGGGAGAAUUUGACUUCGAAUAUAUUUAUUAAAGAUAUUUUUCCUGUGAGAGACUUGAGAUUUGCUAAGAAUGUAAGCAACAUAGCUGCUACAGAGUCUUUCUCUUUCCUGUCACUAAAACGACCUUUUGUUUCUUUUGUUACGAGUACAUACAUGUCUCUUGUCUCUGUGUUGCAUAUCUUUGCUGAAAGCCCUCUGCACAUACAGGUCUGACGCAACAGGCUGGUGGUGUUGUACACCAUCUUUAUGCUUCAAAUUUAUUUCUUUUUUGUAAGGAGAAUGCCAUCUUAUUUCCCAUGACAUUCAUUUGUGUUUUCUGGUUGUUUUGUUUUUUAAAUAAAAUGUGUCUC